AUGUCUCAAAUAGUGAAUGCCAAUUCAACUACACUAUCAAACACCACAAACUCAGCUGAAACUAUUGCAAACCAUGAAUAUUUAGUAGGUGAAUUUUCACUCCACUUGAAUGUGAAACCACUUAUCAGCUUUAGAAAGGUAUCAUCUCUAUGGCGCUUAUUGUUCUCGAGUAAAUGUUUUGUAUCAAGGUACAAUCGUCUUCAUCCGCCCUCACUUUCUGGCCUCUUAUUAGUCCCAAAAUAUCGAACUAAGAAGGAAAAUGAUCAAAUCGAGUACAUCUGCCUUGGUGAUCAAAAUGAAUCAGUUACCCCGGUUUUUCCCUUUAAAGACAUGACUAAUGUCACACUACUACAGUCUAGUAAUGGAUUGUUGCUAUAUUGCAAAGGGGAAAAAUACUAUGUUUUCAAUCCUUCAAUCCAAGAAAAGAUACUCCUUCCUAGUUGCCUUGGUGAUUUUUCUCCUACAAGCCCUUUGUAUUGCAGCCUCGCGUUUGAUCCUUUGAUUUCACAACACUACAAGAUCAUUGGCCUUACAAAAACAAGAAAUAAUUCUAUGUACAAGAUCUUUAUCUAUUCAUCGGAAUCAAACCUUUGGACACCCUCCAAAGCGCCGGAAUUUUCUGCUCCUCGUGAUAUAGACUUCACGAGUGGUAUAUACUGCAAUGGCUCGGUCCAUUGGACUAAAAGGACGAAGAGGGGCUUAUACUUCGACAUAGAGAAGGAGACGAUAAAUGACAUGCCAGAGAAUCCUAGACAAGAGCAAUAUAGUUGUGAGUACUUUGGCCACUCUAAAGGGUACUUGUGUUGUUUGUUUACCAUGGAAAGUUUGCCCUACUACGAGCUUUUCGAAAUGAAGAAAGAUUAUUCAGCAUGGGAUUUUAAAUGUAAGAUUGAGCUCGAUGUAUUAGCCUCGCAGUUUCCAAAAAUGUCCAUGAAGACUAACUCGCGAAACCCUCAUUUUCUGUAUCAAUGUCACGUACUAUCAGUUUUCCGCGGUCAUAAUGGGGAAUUUGAGGAGAUUAUUAUGUCCAUUCCUGGUGAAGUUAUAGCCUAUAACUGUAAGGAAAAGACUUCCAGGCAAAUAUACAAAUCAAGAAAAAGUGAAAAAGAGAAGAAAAUAUGGUAUGGUAUUUAUCAAGUUUAUGACUUUGUUGAGAGCAUUUCUCCUGUUUCUUUUUUAACAACUUAA